CUAAUGUAAACAUUUUCAAAUUUCGUGCCGUAUCGAUGACAUUUCAUGUUUAAGUAAAAAGGACAGUAGAUAAUUCAAUUUAAAAUUUUGGUUGUUCUAUUGAAAUUGGAUGCGAAAGAAAAAUGAUCACAUCUACUUUGAAGGGCGUGUUUCCAGAACCCAAACCAACUUACAGGCGAAAUUUCAUCAAAGAAAACGUCAGUCGUAUUAAACAAAUGCAAGGUCUGGUUCCUCUAUCCGAUCCCGAUCUUCAGAGAAAAAGAAAAGAUGAUAAAUUUAAAAACGUUCCAUCGAAAGGAAGUGGAACCUCUAAUGCUGUUCCCCAAGGUAAAACAAGAAUUAAUUCAAAAACUGGGACAGACCCACAGCGUCCAACAACAAAUUAUAAAUUAGAUCAAAGAAAUAAGGAUACAAUAAGUAAAAUUCAGGUGGAAAAACAGAGGUUCCUAAGUCGAGGUAUACAGACAGAAAGACUGGAUGAUGUUACUAAAUUAUACGAAACUGGCGUUAUCAAAUAUCCUAGUGCUGGUAUCAGAAGGUCCCCUAGAAAAGAACUGAAAAAAAUUAAUGGAGAGCAAGGAGAUAAUAUUACCUCUGUGGAUGAAUUGUAUGAAGCAGCAGAUAAUUUAGGUUUGUGUGAUAAAACUGAACAUAAUUUUGUAAAAGCAAAUAUGACUAAUAUCAAACCAAAGAUUGUUAAGAACGAUUCAGUAAGAAAUUCUUAUCAACCCCCGCCAAAUUAUCAGAAAGGAGUUGUUCCGAAAUAUUUAAAGGAAAGAAAAGAACUUGAGAAGACUGUGGAAGCAGAGCCAGACUGUCCUCCUGGACAUAUUUUAUUGCCUGAAGAAGAACGCAAAGAAACUUUGCGUGUAUUAAGGCAAAGUUAUGCAGAUAGAGUACAAGAACUGAACUCCCUUCCAGUUAGAAGUGAUACAUUAAAAAUGAAAAAGAGGAAAAUGGAAAUUGAAGAAGAAUUAAAGAAAAUUGAUGAGGGCAUUAAAGUUUUUCAAAGGCCUAAGGUUUUUGUUAAAAUCAACGCAUAAUUAUCAUCUGUGAUCAUUGUUUUUUAGUAAUAACUUAUUUUAUAAAAUCAGAAUCAUUUUACAUGUCAUUGUUGUAUAAAAAUUCUAGUCAUUUUGUCAAUUGGCCGCUCCAAUUGGAAGUGCAAAUUAAACAAAAAUUGCAGAAA